AUGAACGACAUUUUCCGUCCUAUUCUGAGGAAGUUUGUCCUGGUAUUUUUCGAUGACAUCCUCGUUCACAAUUCCACCAGGGAAUCGCAUCUCGAACAUGUAGAGGAAGUCUUCAGAAUCCUACAACAACAGCGGAUGGCUGUGAAGCUUAAGAAGUGUGAGUUUGGACAGAGGGAGUUGGAAUAUUUGGGCCAUAUUAUUUCUGACAAUGGUGUCAAAGUGGACAGAACCAAGGUUCAGGCCAUGCUGGAUUGGCCUACCCCUACCACCAUCACCAAGCUCUGCGGAUUUCUUAGUUUAACCGGUUACUACCGCAAAUUUGUGCAGGGUUACGGUAUAAUAGCCAGGCCAUUGACUAAUCUCUUGUGCAAGGGAGCCUUUGGGUGGGAACCGGCGGCAGAAGAGGCAUUUAUUGCGCUUAAAAAAACUAUGACCACGACACCUACACUUGCUUUACCGGACUUCACCAAACCGUUAGUGAUCCAAACUGAUACCUCCAGGGAAGCUAUUGGCGCGGUGUUAACACAGAACGAUCAGCCUAUAUCCUACAUGAGUCGGUUGCUUGGAGUUACAAAGAAGACAUGGUCGACGUAUACGCAGGAAAUGUUGGCUAUUGUAGUUGCGGUUCGGACGUGGAGACCAUACCUGUUGGGCCGCCGUUUCAUUAUAAGACGGACCAGGAUAGCUUACGCUAUCUUCUCGAACAACGCAUUCUCACUCCUGAACAGCAGAAGUGGAUGGGCAAAUUGGUCGGGUAUAAUUAUGAAAUCACGUAUCGACUUGUUGUGUUACAAAAACCGGGUUGUCAUUCCCCAUCUUCCUCGCUUGUUCCACAACUUUUAUGUGAACACCAUGAUACCCCUACCGGUGGACAUUCAGGCGUGCUCCGCACGUAUAAACGUUUGGCGCGACAGUUUAGACUGGCCUGCCAUGCACCGCGUGGUCAAGCAGUACGUUGCCGAAUGUGAGACUUGUCAGCGAGCGAAGACAACAUCUUUGGCUCCAGCUGGCCUCCUUCAGCCCUUGCAUGUCCCUGACCAAGUAUGGGAGGACGUUUCCAUGGACUUUAUCGACGGCUUGCCCCGUUCUGAUGGUUACACAACCAUAAUGGUGGUUAUCGACCGGCUGACUAAGUCUGCCCACCUGGUCCCAUUAUCAUACCCGUACACGGCUAAAACGGUGGCGGCUAAGUUCGUGGAGGACGUGGUGAAGCUGCAUGGGAUGCCACGCUCGAUUGUAAGCGACUGUGACCCGAUGUUUGUUAGUCUGUUUUGGCGGGAAUUUUGGAAGCUCGCUGGAACGAAGCUCCGCAUGUCGUCCGAUUACCACCCGCAGUUUAACGGGCAGACCGAAGUAGUGAACCGUUGCAUAGAGCAGUUCCUUUGUUUUUUUGUGCAGGACCGACCUUCGCAGUGGAGCUCGUUGUUACCAUGGACAAAGUUUUGGUACAACACUUCCUACCAUUCGUCUAUAGGCACUACGCCCUUUCAAGCUUUGUACGGUCGGGCCCCACCGUCUAUACCGUCGUAUGAAGUUUGCUCCUCCAUCUUGGCGGAGAUCAAUGAACAACUCGCGUGUCGGGAUGAGCUGCUGUCUGAGCUCAAGCGUCACCUUCACAAAGCUAACAAUCAGUCCAAGCAAUUGGCGGAUGCGAAACGUUGA